CUGUGAUCAGAGCGGAAGACCGACACACACACACGUCUCUUGUCAGGAUAUGAACACCUUCAUCUUCUCCUCUCUCCUUUGCUUUGCGGUCAGCGGCGUCUUCUGUGCUCAGGGGUCCAAGACCAACUCUACUAGUGAGCUCAGCGUGGGCACCGGGGUUUGGGGCUCUGCUGGGGGCCUCCAGACUCACCCGAGGGACGACCAUGAGCUGGGGGGAGACGAUGAACUCUCUGGAGGAUCCAGCAUCAACACCUUUGAUUUCCACGGAAGCAAGGAUGACAAGAAGAGGAGAAAGGGCAAAGGCAAGAAGAAGAACAAGCACAAGAUCAGAACCACGACGGCCCUCAGACCUGCUCGGACCAUCUCCACCCACGUGUCCACUCUGAUGACCACUGAGGACCCCUGCACCUCCACUCACCUGGGCUACUGCAUCCACGGCUACUGCCAGAGGAUAGAGGGGCUGCAGGAACCUGUCUGCAUCUGCAUGAAGGGCUAUGACGGCGAACGCUGCGGGAUCCAGACCCUGGAGGUGAACAAACCCGCUGAAGAGGGGAAGGACAGCGAGCUGCUCCAGAGCGUGUUGGUGGUCAUCGCUGUGGUUCUGUCCGUCCUCAGCUGCAUCGCCAUCUUGCUCAUGGCCUGCACUCAUUACAGGUCUCAUAAACACUUCUUGGCGUCCUACCUUGGAACCGCGGCAGAGCAGGAGAAGCUGCAGAAGCCCCUUGCCAACCUGGCAGUCUGA